UCCGGACCUGGUGCACCGUAAUCAUGGCGGAAGGAGGAAAAACAGUGCAGAGUGAGGGGCGACAAGGAGGGCAGGUGAGCAGAUCGCUCUCAGGCGCCGUCGCGUAUACACGGGGAGGGACGCAUGUAGACGCUCCGUGAAACGUACACCGUAGCGCAGUAACUCACAUCGCGUAAGGUCGAGGUGCCGUUACUGGAUUCCACAGCCCCUACCUAUAUAGCUCCAUUCAAGCUAAAUGCGCAUACAUGUGCAUUGUUCAUUGUUUGAGUAAACGUAAAACCAGUGAGUUAGCUUGUUCUUGCCCCGUAUUGCAAUGGGGUGGCCAGACUGAGGACAAACCGUCCAGUUUUGCGAUGCCACACAUCGACGGCAGUGAUCCUGUGGGUGAGCACAUGGAACUCGACAAACGAGUACAGAGUGUGGAAUCAAUUCAAGGGGACCAAUUUUCGACCCCUCCAAACUCACCUCCCCCGAGAACAGGGAGCUCUUCUUCCAGCACCGCCCCACCAGAUAAACAGUCGGUCUCCAGCUACGAGAAGGCAGUGGUACACAAUUCGGUUUGGAAAGACGACGCAAAGAUGCACCACCAAGCGAUGCCGCAGCACGUCAGCUCACCAGUAAAACACCAACCACCCCUUCCAACCUUGCCCCCUCCCAGCAAUCUCCUUCCCGACUACCCCAAUGUCGAGAUCGUGACCAGCUCCCCGGCGGCCAUUCGAGUCGGUUUCUUCGACGCUCGGGUGGAGGCAACUAACUCGUCAGAGUUGCCUGGUAGCUCGCAGCCCGGAGGAGGGUGGGGAGAGAGGGGGGAAGUUAUCACAACUCCUCCUUUGGGGUCGACAACGAGUAAGAAGCCAGCUGCGAGGUCUUCUCAGGAUCGUCGGUCGUCCUCCCCACGUGCCGUGUCAAUCGAAGAGGCAGACAGAGAAAGAGGGAGAGCAUAUGCACCGCUUUUAGACAUCUCGGAUAAGCGGAGGGCCUCAGCCACCCCUUCUCAAUUCUCAAUGAUCAGUGACCUUGGAAGUGUGUUAGGGACAUCUGUUACUGACCGAUUGGAAGCACUAGAACCUACAGUUGCAACAGAGGACAUGUGCGCGGAGUGGAUGAGCGCCAACUCGUGCUACGACCUCAUUCCUCCAAGUUCCAAAAUCGUGGUUUUCGAUACCCGGCUUCGCGUCAAGAAGGCUUUCUUUGCCCUCGUGACAAACGGAAUUCGUGCGGCACCACUGUGGGACCACGCUACACAGGAAUUAGUUGGAAUGCUCACAAUUACCGAUUUCAUCAACAUUCUUAGGCAUCACUACAAAUCUCCAAUUGUUGGUAUGGAUGAGCUAGAAAACCAGACCAUAUGCGAGUGGAGAGACUCUGAAAAGAAAGUCACAACUCUCAAAAGCACUCUCAUGCAAAUCGACCCCAGACAAAGUCUCUAUGAUGCAGUGAAGAAGUUGGUGGAAGGGAAGAUUCAUAGACUUCCAGUCAUAGACCAGAAGACUGGCAAUUCUCUGUACAUUCUCACCCACAAAAGGCUGCUACACUUCCUCUAUAUCAAUUUUCUUGAGAAGCAGCAACCGUCCUACAUGCAGAAGUCAAUCGGAGAGCUUGGGAUUGGCACUUUUGACAACAUUGCUACAGCUUGUGAGAACACACCUAUUAUUGUGGCACUGAAUACUUUCCACGAGAGACGGGUUUCAGCUCUCCCUAUCAUUGACGCUGCAGGAAAAGCUGUGGAUAUCUAUGCCAAGUUUGAUGUCAUUAACCUGGCCGCUGAGCGAAGCUACAACAACCUGGACAUCACGCUGAAAGAAGCCCUCAAACACAGAGCACCUGCAUUUGAGCGAGUUCACACGUGUCUUCUAACCGAAACGCUCAGCACAAUAGCAGAGAGACUGGUUGUAAAGAAAGUGCACCGUCUGAUUGUUGUUGACCAGCAGCAAAAGGUCACAGGGAUCGUGUCUUUGUCUGACGUACUAAAGUUUUUAGUCCUCACGACCCACGAGCUCGGAACAGACAUGUAGCUGUCAUAUCUGCAGCCUAAAACUGGCAUUCGUAUAGCUAGACAUUUUUUGUGCGUGAUCUCUAUGCAAAAUUUUUUGAUGAUCAAAC